AUGAACGGGACGUUUUACGAGCAGCUCGGGGGUGUGGCCAAGAUGUUCGAGCAGUGGGGCGCCUGCGAGCGGACGGUGGUGGCCUGCGCCCUCGCUCGGAGGGUGCCGUGGCCAGGGCUGCGGUUGGUGCAGAGGGCGGUGGAGGCAGCCCUGCAGAACCAUGUAGGGGACGAGCGGCUCGAGAGAGACGCCAACGACGAGACGUUACUCGCCAGCCUCCUCGCGGCCAGGACGGAUGAACAUGACGAAGAAGAUGGUGAACGUCUUCGUCAGCUGCUCACUCUACUGCCUCUCCUCCGUACAGACAACGAGCGUGCCAAGAACGUGUAUGUAUCCUCGACCCCAGGCCUGGUGCAGCGUUGUGUAGACUCAUCUAGAUCACCAGCGGCCACGCAUCUUUGUAGACAGCUGCUGUCCUACCAGCUGGUACAUCCAGCGUUCACUAUACAUGACCAGAGAACAUUAACGCAAUGGCUCCGCUAUUUAGAGAAUCACAUAUCAGGGAACAGGAACAGUGAGACGUCGUGGCAGCAGCGGAUAGAACCGGGCCUGCUGCAGGAUACUAACAUAUGGUCCGCAAACAACACCUUCCGACGGACUAUAGGCAAGAACGUGGACUUUAGAGGAGUACUGGACUCAAUAGAACACGCGACAUACACGGAUUUACUGCAAGAGUCCUUCUCCAAGAACGGCAGGGACGUAGAUCUCGGAUUAGAACCGGAGCCCGCACACUACGAAGCACAGAUCAAGUCACACCGGUCGAACAGCCUCACACCGCCUUCAACAAACUUCAUGCAAAUGUCCUCUUCAGCGGAGAACCUCAGCGACGAGCCAUUCGUCCAAAAACCUAGGAGCUUCUCACUAUCUAGUGAACAUAGUCUGACUCAACUACGACCUAUAGGAGUGACGUACGGAACCACUGGUAGCGAAACCAGGCUAGAUGACCUCAGAACGAAUAAUUUCGCGGAACAUCCCGGCAUGUCAACUGUGGGUCAGUGGUUGAAGAGUCUCCGGUUGCACAAGUACGUGUGGCUGUUCACUAAUAUUACAUACGAGCAGAUGAUGGCCAUGGACGACAAGUACCUGGAGAAACUAGGUGUGACGAAGGGCGCUCGUCACAAGAUCCUGUUGUCCAUCGCUCGUCUGUCAGACCGGUCGUCUAUUCUUGAGUCAGUUCGUGCGGAGCUGUCGUCGGGUCGCGUGUGUCGCGCCCUGGAGCGUCUCCGCGGGGUGCUCCUCUCACCCAUGCCGCCGGGGGACCUGCCCCGAGCCGUGGUCGCAGCCCUACAACACGCGUCCGAGUGUCUGUCAGGCGGCGCGGGGUCCGUGGUCGCUGAGAACGAGCCCGAGACCGUUGACCCCAUGUCGCUGCACUGCUGGCUCAUAGAGAAGGCUCUGCACCACGAGUCGUUCUCGUGUCCGUCUCUCCAGUCGUCGCUCCGCUGUCUCCGGCACCGCGUCCCGCCGCGCCAGUUCUUCCAUCUAGUGGGUGACGCGCCCCACAGACGACUGAAGCCGCGCUGGCGCGCCCCGGCCGCCGCCCGCCGCCGCUGGGCGCCGCCCGCCCGCCCUAAGUCAAACUCAUACCCGCCGUUCCCGCCCCAACUAGUGCCGCCGCCGCCUCACGACUAUUCAAGCCUGGACGCGCUCUGCCUGCAAAUGACGGAAACAGCCAUAGACUAG